AUGGUUAAUUUUCGUAACGGUGGACUUGGAUCCCAGGCCUUCCCACUACUGACUGUGCGCUCACGGAGCUGCAGCUAUGCUGGAGUGUUUCAUGUGGAGGGGAGAGAACGCUAUAGUCUGAAGUUUGAGAAGGCCGAGACAUUGUGUGAGCAUUUAUCCUCUUCAUUAGCCAGUCUGGAGCAGGUGGAAAAAGCCUACAAUAAAGGACUACAGACAUGCAGGUAUGGAUGGAUAAACAGCACAGAGGUGGUGAUAGUCCGUCAGACGCCAAAUAGAAUCUGUGCUGGCAACCAAACCGGCAUCAUCAGGAAAACUCCAGACAGAAAAAAAUAUGACGCCUUCUGUUUUGAUGCUAAAGAUACGGCAGAGAAGAAUUGCACAGCUAAAAUUGACCCUGAGAGUUUAAACAAAACAGAUGGCGACUCGGCAUUUACAGAAGUCACAACACACCGACCAAAUGCUGGAGGGGAAGAUUCUGAAAAUUCAACAUCUGAAGUCACAUCUGUGUCCGAGUCUUCUACUCCAGUUCUCUGGAUGCAGACCAGUCCCACACAGAGCCCUGCGGAACAGAACCACACUGAUCAGACAAACCGUGAUACGCAUAUAGAGUUGACAACUUCACAUCCAAAUCCAGACACCACAGGGCUGGGAGUGUUUGAAUCAGUGACCACUAAAGAAACGGCAGCAAAUAAAGCAGAACACGCCAUCCCAAACAACGGAUCUAUAGACUGGCUGAUCAUUUUACUCGUCAUUUUGGCCGUUUUUGUCAUUCUGCUUGUCUGUGUUAUUGCAGCAAACAGAAAAAGAUGGUGUGGCAAGAAACAGACUCUGAUUAUUACACAAGAGAGCAGCAGUGAAGAAAAGGGUGCAGCAGCUUCAUUGACUAAGGAGCAGGAGAUGGUCAAACUAGUGAACACUGAGAAGAUCGCAGGGAACAGCAACUCAGAGUUUAUCAGCAUCAGUCCAGAGAAGUGAACAGAGAAAACCCAGAAGGCAUAAGAAUGAGAACACAAGCAGUUUUAUGCUAACAACUGACAAUACAGAUGCACUAAUAUGCCGUAAUCAAUGCUGAACUAAUCCACAGAUAAUGUUUAGAUAAUGAUUGAUUUAUGAAGAACUAAGCCAUUCAUUAAUAAUUACAUCAGCAUCUGAUAAAGUGACUGAUUAAUAGAUUAAGAUAUAUAGGAAUUGCUAUUAAAUAAAUGUGUCAUCAAGGAUUAAUUCACUAUCAACAUCUAGCAUUAACUAAUAGUGUAAAUCAAUGUGUCAUUUACCACAGUGGGUCAAAGCCAUGUAUUCCAAUUUCCACCUGUCCGAUUUAAAAAAAUAAUUAGAUAAUAGUUUGCAUAUCAUUAUGUUAUGACUUGGUGAGACACUUAACUAUUAACUCUGUUAACUAAUUAUUAAGUAAUAUGCUCCUAUGGUUAUGAUUUUAAUCAAUUUACCCAUCCCUCAAUCACAUUAUUUGACAUUACAUUCACUUCACAACUGCAGGGCUCAAGUUUUACUUAUUUAUUUUUUUUCCUGUGUAAUCUUGAAUUGUAUU